CUCCCUCUCUCCUUUCCCUUCUUAACUUCCAAAAUUAAACAAAACGCCGAACUCUAUCAUACUCUCUCAAGAGAAAUGAAGAACAACCCUAAUACAAAGCUAAUUCUCCUUCACCCUUCAAUCCACAAGUCCUCCACUUCCUCUCACCGCUUCUUCCUCUUCUUCUUCAUAACUUUCUUCACUUUAGCUUUAACUUUAACUCUCUUCACGACCACCUCCACCAACUCCCCAACCCCUUCACCCUCUUCUGCCGCCUCUUCCUCCCUACCUUCCUCCGUCACCAUCGCCCUCCUCCAUUAUGCUUCCACUGCAACCAUCAACACCACAACCCACCACAUGUCGUCCUCCGAACUCUCCGUCGUUGCUUCUGCUCUCCACAACUGCCCCUCCUCGCCUUGUCUUUUCCUUGUCUUUGGUCUAACCCACGAGUCCCUCUUGUGGCACUCCCUCAACAUUCACGGCCACACCGUUUUCCUCGACGAAAGCGAGUACUUAGUCUCAUCAUUUGAGCGCAACCACCCCGAAAUUGAAGCAUACGACAUCCAAUACACCACCAAAGUAAACCAAAUGUCAGAUUUAUUAUCCCUAGCCAAAUCCAACAUCGAAAACGAGUGCAAACCAGUCCAAAACCUACUCUUUUCUGAUUGUAAACUCGCUAUCAACGACAUGCCCAACCAUAUCUACGAUUUAAGUUGGGAUGUAAUCUUAAUUGAUGGUCCACGUGGUUACUUCCCAGAUGCUCCAGGGAGGAUGGCUCCGAUAUUUACGGCGGGUGUGUUGGCAAGGAGCAAGAAGAGAGGUAGGAAAACGCAUGUUUUUGUGCAUGAUUUUGAGAGGGACGUGGAAAGUAUUUUUAGCGACGAGUUUUUGUGUGAAGAAAACUUGGUGGAAACUGUGGAUUCUUUAGGACAUUUUUUAGUGGAAAAAGAAGAAGCGAGUGAUGGUAAGAAGUCUGGGUUUUGUAAGAAUUCAACAUCAUCGUCGCCUUUGUCUGUUUCUUUAUCAUCUGGAGAAGAUGAUGAUUGAGUGAUUUGGAUGGGGUUUGUCUCUUUGUAUCACUUACAACUUUUUUUUUUCUUGUUUUCAGUACGGAGUGUUAAUAUUUGUAUAGGUUUUAAAAGUUUAAACCAUUGGAAUUUGGAAGUGUAUCCAGAAACACUAUAAUCAAAUUUUGCAAAUUGUGAAUGUUUAUGGUCAAUUAGUUUUGUUUGGUGGCUGAGAAAAGGUUGGAAACGAAAAAAUAGGCUUUAAAUUUGAAAUUUUUGCCUUCGAAGUUCUUGUUCCGUUUGGUUGCUUAGAAAAAAGGUGGGAAAGUGUAGAAAAUGAUAUGUGAAAUAUCUUUUAAAACCUCCGAAUAAUCUUUGCUAAUGUUUCUUAAACGAUAAACUAGACAAAAACACAAACUGAAUAUUUUACUAAAAAAUUAGAAAUCCCUUGCAAAUUGAAACUGCCUUCAGUUUCCCUGAGAUUUUCCUGGCAACCAAACGUUAAAGGAGCAAGAAUUAAAGAAAAAAACAAUUUAAAAAGAAACUGAUUGAGGUAUUGGUAGGCGUCGGUGGCGGAUUGGGAGUCAAGGAG